CGCCAGUUGGCUCGCGCGUCGGUCCAGUCGCGUCUGCGGACAAAGAAACACAAAACGACGGUUUGAAUAAAGUUGUACGUUUGUUUUACUCGGAAACUUCUUCCAGUUCGGUGUGAAGAUGGAUUUAGACUCCAUGAAAUAUGCAGAAAUGAGGCAGCUCGCGAAGAGCGUGGGUUUAAAAGCCAACAUGAAGGCUGAUAAGAUGCUGGUGGCUCUGAAGCAGCAUUUCGCACAGCAAGAGAGCUUGGAGAAUGGAAUCGAGGCCACCUCAGAUGACCCGCAAUUCCCAGAGCAGGCAGGAGUCGAGCCUGAACCAGCAAACGACACUCUGGUGACCACACGCCGCAUAAAGAAACAGCAGGGCAAGAGGAAGUACUCUGGAGACGGCGCUGAUCUGAAUCCCAAACCGGAAGAGAGUCCAGUUCAGGAUGACUCAAAGCUGUCUGGAAAGGAGGAAGAGGAGGGUGGCGGUAAAAGGAGCUCCAAGAGGAGGAAGGUGUCCUCUGCUAAGGACACGGAGCCUCCAGCUCCUGAAGUGAAACCUGAGUCUGCUGCCGAUGAUGCUGUCGCUGAGGAGGGCCAGAAAGACACAAAGGUGGUUAAGAAGCCUGCUGGAAAAAUUCCCCGUCACAAAGAUCUGAUGAAGAAGAAAGCAGCUCUGAGGCCGACCACACCAAAUUUCAAGAAACUCCAUGAGGCACAUUUCAGCAAGAUGGAGUCCAUUGAUUCGUAUGUGCAGAGGAGGAACAAGCAGAUGGAGGUGCUCCGGAACUCGGUGAAGGACCUGAAGGAUCAGUCAGAAAAUGCCACCAAGAAAGCUGAGGACUCCAAGACUCAUGCUAAGCCGUCGGUCAGCCUUGCCUCCCUGUUUAGCCCGGGAGUGCCGGAAAAGAAAGCGGAGAAGCGCAGGGUUGCUCAGGCUCCGGCUGGCAAGCCGGCGAUGAAGGACAGCGCCCCCUUCAAACCUUCCAUCCUCUCAACCAACAGAAUCAACGUCAGGUUCUCCCAAACAACUAUGGACAACGAGCACAAGCGCUCACUGGUGAAGACUCCGGCCCGCAUGUCUCCCAUACUUCCUCUCACGUCCACUCAGGGCGAUUUCAGUAAGAUGGAGUCCAUCAAUUCAUGUGUGCAGAUGGAGGUGCCCCAGAACUCGGUGAAGGACCUGAAGAAGCCGUCGGUCAGCCUCGCCUCACUUUUCAGCCCGGGAGUGCCAGAAAAGAAAGCGAAGCAGCGCAGGGUUGCUCAGGCUCCGGCUGGCAAGCCGGCGAUGAAGGACAGCGCCCCCUUUAAACCUUCCAUUCUCUCAAGCAACGGAAUCAAUGUCAGGUUCUCCCAAACAACUAUGGACAACGAGCACAAGCGCUCUCUGGUGAAGACUCCAGCCCGCAUGUCUCCCAUACUUCCUCUCACGCCCACUCCGGGCAGGAAGUCUGAAGUGAACACAAACAAGAACAUGGCUUCUGUCAACAAAACUCCAGGAGUUACUCCGUUCAUCUUCAGGGGCACCUCGGGCACUCCCGCGACCAACAAGAAAAACAUGUUCGAUCUGAAAGCGAGUCUCUCUCGCCCACUCAGAUACAAACCCCAUAAAGGAAAGCUGAAACCUUUCGGAGCGGCGCAGGAAAACGCCGUGCUGAACAAGUCUCAGACGCUUCCUUCUCACCAGAAAAACUACAAACAGCACCAAGUGCAGACUCGAGACGAGCGGCGCGAGAAGCACAAGGAUGACCGGAAGCAGAAGAAGGAGAAGAUGCUCGGUGCCAGACGUGGACUGGCUAUGGUGUAACAUUCCUGCUUUCUUUCCUUUUUAAAUUCGAGUUUCAGACUGUAACUGUGUGCACCUUUUUUCCAGCUUGUGUCUGUCUUUUAUAAGUGUUCAAAGCCUGUUUUUCCCCCCAUGUCCUCAUUUUUAGUUUAAAAAAAAAACAAAAAAAACAAACUUUCCAUCUAUUUGUAUAUAGACGAGUCAGGAUGAAAUUUUCUUGUUGGAGAAAAACAUUGUAGACUUUUAUGUUCUGAUUUUAUUUGCUAUUAAACAAAUGCUGCUUCUUU